AUGGAGAAUUUUGCAGCAAAGGAUCAACCAAGAGAGAAGGUUAAAUUAUAUUUGGUAAAGAAUUUGCAGGAAGAAACACUAUCAAAGACAUUGGUAAGCAAUGAUUGUGUUGAUUUUCGAGGCAGAAUUGCAGACAAGCGAACUACAGGAGGAUGGAAAGCCUCUCCAUUUAUCAUAGCAAAUGAGGUGGCAGAAAGGUUGGCAUUUUUUGCAAUAGCGGUGAACAUGGUGGAAUACUUGGUGUUAGAAAUGCGACAGUCGCUUCCUGUUGCUGCUACUCAUGUGACGGAUUGGAUUGGAGCCGCCUAUGUUCUUACUAUUUUUGGUGCAUUUUUAGCCGAUGCUUAUCUCGGCCGAUUCAAGACCAUCAUUGUCUUCUGCAGCAUCUACGCUUUGGGGAUGGUAUUAUUGACAAUCUCGGCCUCCAUAGACAGCCUCCGUCCGCCACCAUGCAAGGCGGUACCAUGCGAAAAAGCAACCGAUGGCCAAAACGUAUUCCUAUUCUUUGCGUUAGCCCUCAUAGCCCUUGGUACCGGUGGUAUCAAGCCGUGCGUCUCAUCAUUUGGGGCCGACCAAUUCGACGAGGAGGACGAGAAAGAGAUGACCAAGAAAUUUGCUUUCUUCAAUUGGUUCUUCUUUGCAAUAAACACAGGAGCACUCUUGGCUGUAACAGUCGUGGUGUAUAUAAAAGAAGAGAUGGGAUGGACCUGGGGCUUUGGGGUGCCUACUGUGAUCAUGAUUGUUUCAGUCAUUAUUUUAGCAGCUGCUAUACGUUACUAUCGUUUCCAAAAGCCUACGGGGAGCCCUUUCACCAGGUUUCUUCAAGUCAUGGUGGCUUCUGCAAGGAAUCAUUUGAGAGGGGUUAACUUGGGAAGAGAAGUCCAGCUUUAUGAGGUCAAUACUGAGGAGUCUGAUAUCAAAGGUGCCCGAAAGCUCCCACACACCAGUCAAUUUAUGUUCUUGGACAAGGCUGCAGUUGCAACAGACCCAGAAGCCAACACAAAAAAUCGAUGGAAACUCUGCACAGUAACACAAGUAGAAGAAUUUAAGUCCCUAAUCAGAGUCCUUCCCAUAUGGGCAUCCACAAUUACUCUGUCCAUCUCCUUUGCCCAACUCGCAACCUUCUUCAUCAGCCAAGCCUCCAUCAUGGACCGGAAACUCUCCUCCAACUUCACUAUCCCUGUAGGUUCCGUCAACGUUUUCAGUGCCAUCAAUGCUGUCAUUCUCGUACCCAUCCAUGAAAAAUUAAUCGUCCCAAUCCUCUCUAAACACACGGGCCAUCGCCAUGGCAUCACAUCAUUGCAACGGAUGGGUGUGGGCUUAUUUGUUUCAGUCUUUGCCCUCACCUCAGCUGCUUUGGUGGAGAAAAAGAGACGUGACAGCUCUAGCCCAUCAGAUAUGAGCGUGUUCUGGUUAUUUCCACAAUACUUUUUAGUAGGGGCAGCUGAAGUUUUCACCUAUGUGGGGCAGCUGCAAUUUUUCUACGAUGAAGCAACUGACGGGACUAGAAGUAUCAGUAGCGCAUUGUUUCUUUCUGAGAUUGGGAUUGGAAGUUGGUUAAGUACUGCAAUUGUUAAGAUUGUUGAAAGAACAACUGGUGGAGAAGAAAAUGGAUGGCUAAGGAAUGAUCUUAACAAAAGCAGACUUGAUUAUUUCUACUGGAUAUUGACAGCCCUUAAUGGGUUUAAUUUCUUGGUCUUUUUGCGGGUUGCUUGGUGUUAUGAGAGUAGGAACAGCGCGACUGUGAGCACGAGAUAUGAUAAUGGAUCAGUAAAAUGGGAGGAUGACAAAUGGAAAUUCAAAGCGCAGCCCUCUAAUUAAAUUGGCUUUUCCUUUAUAUGAUUAUUCGAUUUAUCUUCCAUGACCAUAAAGCUUCUUAUGCGUAUGAUAUUUUAUUUAUAAUAUGGAAUAUUGUUUUAAUUGAA